AUCACUGCUGUGCUGCAAGGCAGGCAGGAAGGCAAAGCAGCUGCAGAGAGAGCAGGGAACGCUGACUUCAACGGACAGGCUCAUGUUGGGAAAGUCAGAAACGCACCGUUUGCCUGUUCUAUAAUUUGAUACUCACAUAUUUUCACGUAUAUCUUUUUCAGCCGACCACAUUCCUUUAUUUUUGCUCCUGCGUGGGGAUAUAUUUUUCAUUCUCUCGACCUGAAAUGACUGCUAGUCCCCGUGUCUAGCCAAUGGUUACUGCGGGGGCUCCCGUCUUGUGGAUUAUCCGUCGUCGCCGAGCCAGUUCCAUGGUCGAGCCCGGAGGAGGCCCCGCUCUGCUGGAUGGAUGUGUGUGAAGCAGCGCCGGAGUCCGAGUACUGAUGAAGACGGUGAUAAUGAUGAUGCUUGGGUUUCAUCGGCAGCGGGUGAAUUGAUCUUGGAUGUUCGGGCUAUAUCGCCCCCACACAGACCAUUUCCUCAUACAACAAAAAAAUAUAUUCCUUAAAAACUGGACACCCCUGGAGCAGUUUAUGACGAGCCUGGUAGGAGCGUGAUGAGCGCGCGCUUCCGCUUGCCUGCUGGCAGAUCCUACAAUGUCCGGGCGACGGAGCUGGAGCGAGACAGGCAGCACACACAGGUUGUGUGCAACGUACUGCUGCUGGACAACACUGUGCAGACGUUCAAAGUCAGCAAGUCGGAUCUUGGCCAGGUGCUGCUGGAUGCUGUCUUUAAGCACCUGGAGCUGACUGAGAGAGACUACUUUGGCCUGCACUUGGCUGAUGACUCUUUAGAUACACCACGCUGGCUCGAUCCCAACAAGCCCAUCAGGAAACAGUUAAAAAGAGGGUCCCCCCAUAACUUGAGCUUCAGAGUCAAAUUUUUUGUGACGGACCCUGGUAAACUUCAGGAAGAAUACACACGGUACCAAUAUUUUCUUCAGAUAAAGCAGGAUAUAUUGACUGGAAGGUUGCCAUGUCCACACAACACAGCCGCGCUGCUGGCAUCCUAUGCUGUUCAAUCUGAGUUGGGGGACUACAAUGAGACAGAGCAUGCAGCAGGAUAUCUGUCGGAGUACUGCUUCAUCUCCAACCCCCCACAAGACUUCCACAAAGAGGUCGCCAAACAUCACCAGCAGCACAGUGGUCUAUCUCCUGCCCAGUCAGAGUUUAAUUAUCUGAACAUAGCACGCACGCUGGAGCUCUACGGGGUAGAGCUGCACUAUGCAAGGGACCAGAGCAACACAGAGAUUCUUAUUGGGGUGAUGUCUGCUGGCAUUGUGGUUUACAAGAACAGGGUACGGAUCAACUAUUUCCCAUGGUUGAAAAUUGUGAAAAUCUCCUUCAAGUGCAAACAGUUCUUCAUCCAGCUGAGAAGAGAGGCGAGUGAGACCAGGGAAACACUGCUGGGUUUCAACAUGGUGAACUAUCGGGCCUGUAAAAACCUGUGGAAGGCCUGCGUGGAGCACCACACCUUCUUUAGACUGGAGCAGCCCAUCCCACCACAGAAGAACUUCUUUGCUCACUACUUCACCCUGGGCUCAAAAUUCAGAUACUGCGGACGGACGGAGGUGCAGUCUGUGCAGUAUGGAAAGGAGAAAGGCAUCAAGGACAGAGUGUUUGCCAGAUCUCCCAGCAAGCCAUUGGCCAGGAAAUUGCUGGAUGGGACCGACUGGGAGUCGGUCAGCAGGAACAGCCUAUCAGAUGAGAGGCUGGAGACCCAGAGCCUGCCCACUCGCUCACCGCCUGGGACGCCCAAUCAGAACUCGCUGUUUGUUCAAGAGGGCACACGGCUACGCCCGUCGUCCGUCGGCCACCUGGUUGAUCACGUUAUCCACGCUUCACCCAGCCUGCCGGUGUUCUCCUCCAAUCACAAGUCAGCAUCGUCCACGCAGGCCAACAGCAUCAGCUUGGACUCCACACCGUCUCCAGAGGGGGUAGACAACCAGCCUCCGGCUCUGCCACCCAAGCAGCUGAGCAGGAAGACCUUGAGCCAGAUUAUUCAGGCCCACUCGCAGCAGAGCCUCCUGGACAACCACCUGAAUGAGAUGUAUGAUGUUCCUGUCAACGCUGACAAGACCACGCUAAACGGUGUUGUCCCUCAUGAUAAUCUGGUCCUGAUCAAGAUGAGACCCGACGAACACGGACGAUUCGGCUUCAAUGUCAAGGGUGGAGCUGACCAGAAGAUGCCCAUCAUUGUGUCUCGAGUGGCUCCAGGAACAUCAGCCGAUCAGUGCGUGCCUCGCCUUAACGAGGGCGACCAGGUGGUCUUAAUUAACGGACGGGACAUCUCUGACCACACCCACGAUCAGGUGGUCAUGUUCAUCAAGGCCAGCUGUGAGAGUCACUCUGGGGAGCUCAUCCUAUUGGUCAGACCGAAUGCCAUCUAUGACGUGGUGGAGGAGAAAGCAGACUCGGAGCCAGAUUUUCAGUACAUCCCUGAGAAGUCCCCUCAGGACCCCGGCCAGCUAGACCAGCAUGCGCUAAGGGACUCCAUGGUCACACUGAAGGAAGGCCUGAGCAGUGGAGCCAUACUGGCACAGUUUGAUCAACUGUACAGGAAGAGGCCGGGGAUGACCAUGCUGUGUGCCAAAUUACCUCAGAACGUUUCCAAAAAUCGUUACAGAGACAUCUCUCCUUAUGAUGCCACGCGGGUCAUUCUGAAAAGCACAGAUGACUACAUCAAUGCAAAUUACAUCAAUAUGGAGAUUCCAGCCUCCAGUCUGAUAAACCGCUACAUAGCAUGCCAGGGCCCGCUGCCCAACACAUGCCCUGAUUUCUGGCAAAUGACAUGGGAGCAGGGCUCGUCUAUGGUGGUCAUGCUGACUACGCAGGUCGAGAGGGGGCGGGUGAAGUGUCACCAGUACUGGCCCAAUCCAGACAGCAGCGCCACCUAUGGAGAAUUCACAGUAACGUGCCACAAUGAAGAGGGCAGCUCUGCCUUCCUGGUCCGGGAGAUGACUCUGACGCACACACAGAGUGAGCAGCAGAGAGAGCUCACCCAGAUUCAGUACCUGGCUUGGCCUGACCACGGCGUUCCUGAUGACUCCACUGAUUUCCUGGACUUUGUGGCUCUGGUACGGACCAAACGGGCUGGACAGGACCAGCCAGUGGUGGUACACUGCAGCGCGGGGAUUGGUCGGACAGGGGUUCUGAUCACAAUGGAGACGGCAUUGUGUCUAAUGGAGUGCGGCCAGCCGGUGUAUCCUCUAGAUAUUGUCAGGACAAUGAGAGACCAGAGGGCCAUGAUGAUCCAAACACCUAGCCAGUACCGCUUUGUAUGUGAGGCCAUCCUGAAAGUCUAUGAGGAGGGCCUGGUCAAACCACUGAAGACCGCCAUCUACCAGCCGAGAGAAAAAGUGGACAUGGAGAGGGCGGACGAGAAGAAAGAGCAACAGAAAGCAGGUGAAGCAGAGGAGACGGCAGCGACGGAGGAAGGGGAUUCAGCCGUGGUGGAGUUGCUGGAAGGAGGCCUGGAUGAGGAGGAUGAUGAUGACGAAGAGGUGGAAGUGCUGGAUGUGGGAGAAGUGACGGAAGAAGGGGAGGAGGAGGAGGAGGAGGAAGUGGAGGAGCCGAGCAUCGCAAGCGCCACCAGCGUGACAAGUGAGACCAGCGUGAACCCUGACCCUGAUCCUGCAAACCCGUGACUUUUGACGGGUCGUCAGGGGCCACCAGGAGCAGGCCAGGCGGUCGGAGAAGAGAACAAAAGCACUGUUGCACUUUAUGCUGACAAAAAAAAACAAAACAGAAAAAAGACAAACAAAUGAACAAACGUGAAAAUCAUGGACAAGCUAGAAUUUAAAAAAGAAUAAAAAAAGAAAAAAAAGAAAUCCAGCUGUGUUGAAUAGGUACCAUUAGGGGAUGUUGUAUGUUCAGGUUAAAGAAAAAGAAAUCAAAGAAUGAAAAGUAAAGUACGAGAGAAUAAAAUGUCGAUGGGGAUUUGCUGUAGUGCCAUAAGUAUGAAGGGGAAGGGCUUCCCCUCUUUGAUGGAAAGCUGCCCCCUCCCCUGUUUUAUUUGCCCCAAAGGGUCGCCCUGUCCCCUUCUGAGCGAGUCUGCCAGACGGACCUGCCUUUUUUUUUUCUUUUUCUUUUUUUUUAAAGCGUCCUUUUAGAUGAUAAAGAGAUAUACCUUAUCUUUUGUUCCUCAGAAAGAGUAUUUAUUGUGUUUUAGUUUGUGUCGAACCCUGUCCACUGAACAAAGAAGUCUUGUAUGUUUGUUUGUAUGAAUCUAGAGCUUCAUGCUUUCCUGAUUAAAACUUAGGUAGUUACGUAGUGCGAUUCCUCUUCUUCUAACUACUUCUUAAUUUCUUUUGCUUUUUAUGGGGGAAAAAAAAACAGUGAUUUUAAUUUAUUGUACUUGGUUUUACCUUUCUCAGCUUUCUUGUCUAAGUUUCUGACAGCACAGACUGACAGAUGGACAGCUGAAAGUACUUUGUGUCUCACCUCUUGUUCAAUGCUGUGGCAAGCUGUAUUCUUUAUCCUGCUUUGUGCUGUGUUUUUGAGCUUACAGACACACGCUCUGAAGCGGCCGUCGUGUCGGCGCGGUGAAGAACAUAACUGGUUUACAAUCCUCAGGGCCUGUGUUUACCGGGCACCUCUCUUUCACUUGUCACGGCGGCUACUGUCGCUCUACAGCUACAGACCUCUCGCUGUAACACAUAAUGAGCAGUGAUCCAGUUGUUCCAAACAAACAACACAAGACUGACUUCAGACUGUGUCUUUGAGAGAGGCCCCAGUAGACACACGACCUCACUGAGUUACGAGCUAAGCUAUUUCCCAGUCAUCAUGCCUGAUAAAGCUACGAAACAAGGAUGAGGUCAGUUCAUUUCUUUACGCAAUGUCAUACGUAGUCAAAUCAAACUUACAGGUCACUUGCAACUGACAAUAAGCGUCCUUGAGCCAAACACUGACGACAAAGCCCCACUGGCUUCCUUCUGAUUGGUUUCCCCCGAGCAGGACAACUUUAGGCAAACGCCAACUUCGGCUUUGUGCAGCUCAAACGUGUCUUGCUUGCUUUGCACAGGUCAGUAUGUUGGAAUCUGAGAAACAAGUCUUAGUUAGGUCAGUAUUUCUCAAGUGGUUCAAAGCUGCUAGAAGUUUUUACGCAGUCAGUAUUUGUUUUUUCCCUACCGUUUCACUCACAAGGCUACUUGCUGAAUUGACAGUGAACUGAUCUCAACCUUUAGCGUGAAUGGUAAAAACGUUAAAGACUCCCUCCACCAACCUCGACUCAUUUGAAUUUGUAAACAGGAGCAAAUCCAGGUUUCUUGUUACACAUUUGCAGUUGAGACUUUUUUUUUUUUUUUAUUGGUGUGACCCCACAUUAAACUCACCAAGCCUGGUUAUUUGUUGCAGAUUUCCUCAGUGAAUCCAUAUCUUUUUUCUUUUUUUAACCAAGUUUCAGAGGUCACUGGAUUGGGGCUUUAAACCAACCUUUGCUGUUUUGUUUUUUUUUUUUCUUUUAAUCUGUCUGAUUGUCUGCCAGAGAACACGGGACAGUUCAAAGAAGCACCACAAACAGAACAUUCGACCAGUACUUUUCCCUUUUUUAAUCGAUCUUUUCCAGUGGUACUUCAUUAAAAGGCACAUGUUGUUUUGAAGUCAAGUUGAUGUGUCAUAAAAGAGUGGUAGUCAUGACUUGUAUUUUUAAUUCACAGAACCCCUGAGUAGCUUGUUGAGUUUUUUUGUUUUGUUUUGUUUUUGUCUCAGCACAGGUUAAGUAGCCAUUGUUCUUUACAUAAUGGUAUGAAAUGAAGUGUAGCCUCCUCAUUAUUUGAGAUAUUUUUCUUAUGGGCUGCUUCAGUACCUGCUGUCAUUGGCUGCUUCCAUGGAUUCUGCUGGAAAACCUACUGUGUGUGUGUUUGUGUGUUUGUAUUUUUUUUUUUACUGAGAUUUCAGUCUUUAUCUCUUUCUCUGUACUUCUCCCUCUUCCAUUUCUAACAUACUUUGUUAGCUGUCUGGUCUUUAAGCCUGCUUGUCCGUUAACUGGAAUGAAAGGUUGUGCCAUAAAGCCACAAACCUGAUCUAAAGUCUUUCUGAAGAAACACACAUGGAGCCUUCUUCAGGAGUAAACUUUUUUUUUUUUUUUUUUUUGGUCUGAAUCUUUGCUGUGAAACAUUUCAAACAGCUGAAUCAUACAUUUGCCACACGAAGAGGUGGGAUCAAGAAGAAACAGCUUCCCUCUUCCCUCCCGUUUCUUUAAUCUCUCCUGUAUUGCGGCCCUUUCCCAAAAUCUGAGAAAAUCCUUCUCUCAGGCAACAUCAGUCAUUUCAGCAGAAGCCCACGCGACAUCCGCAGUCCAUUCUUCUCAUUGUUCUUCCCCUUCUCUUUUGGAUCAUUAUACACGGAUCCCACUCUCUCUGCAUGGCCUCAAGACAAAAUGACACAUCUGAGCAGAAUAACGUAGGUACAGUAGCGCAGUAUCAAGCUUGUUUUCCACAGAAGGACAAAGUGAAGCCAGCCAGUGAACGACUAACUGAAUAAACUGGUUUACUGACAAUUAGAAAUCAAUUGCAGAACCUGCAUGCGUAGUUAUAAUAAAAAAAAAAAAACACUUUUCAACCCCCAGUGGAUUCUUAACCAUCAGAUAUUUUUGUCAGCAGCAAGGCCAACUAAAUCAAAUUGCCACCUAAUCAAAUCAAAAUAAAUUUACACUGAAGGCCUCCUGAUAAUGUGACACCAGUGACAAGUUCAGAAAACCUUGACAUCAGGAAAAUGCAGCGUCGGCCUUGUAGUGAAAAGUUAAUAUUUGAUAAAUCAGGUCUGCCAGUUUUCAUCCGCACAAAAUGUCCAGCAAUGAGCUGUCAGUGUUCAAAGCGUUUUGUUGUUGACACAUAAUUGGUACUGUCUGUGUGUUUAGGGUACUGAUCAAAGGUAGUUUGGAGGGGACCAGGCGUGGGGAGGGCUCGGGUUAGUUGUAUUUUUGUAAAGAUUAAACAGAUCUAGUUGGGUAGGGAAAGGACAGCACUUUGUAGAAGGCUGAGUGGCAGGUAGUGCUACUGAAAAAAAAGAUGGAGACAUAAAGCAUUGUUAAAAUAAGUUCUUUUUAAUUUGUCAUUUUUAUUUUGUUUUAAAAUAAGAACAGUAGGGAACAAGAAAAAAGAAAAGAACUCCUAACUACACAGUGCCACUUGUUAAUUUUGUGUAAAUAAUUCUAGACCAUGUAAAUACAAUGUUGUAUAUGAAAAAAAAUUCUUUAAAAUAAAAGGGAAAAUAAUUUGUGAGCAGAAA